AAUAGCUUCUGUGUCGUGCCAAACUAAGAUCAUCCCUGUAGUAUCAUUGCCACAGCGGAGCUUCCAACUAGCUAGAACGUGAAAUAAGUCCGCAGGCGGCCGGCGUUUAGCAUGCAGAGGGAUCCGCUUAUUGUUGGGAGCAUCGUCGGCGACAUCGUCGACUACUUCGACGCAUCAGCACGGCUGAGGGUGCUAUACCACAACCGCGAGAUCACCAUCGGUUCCGAGCUGAGGCCGUCGCAUCUGACGAACCAGCCGACGGUCCAGAUCACAGGACUAGCCGGAUCACUCUACACACUCGUGAUGGUCGACCCUGAUGCACCUAGCCCAAGCGACCCUUCUGAGAGGGAGUACCUCCACUGGUUGGUUACCGAUAUACCAGAACAAGGUGACAUCAGCCGUGGAAACGAGGUGGUGGCCUAUGAGAGCCCACGACCGGCGGCCGGGAUCCACCGCUUUGCCUUCAUGGUGUUCCGCCAGACAGUGCAGCAGACAAUCUAUGCACCGGGUUGGCGUGCCAACUUCAACACAAGGGACUUCGCAGCAUUCUACAACCUCAACGCACCAGUUGUCGCAGCCUACUUUAACUGCCAAAGGGAGGGCAGCUGCGGUGGCCGGAGGUACCGGUGAACCUAACUAGUAGUAGGUAAAUGGCAAACGGCGUUUCAUCUGAAGAAAAGGGAGGCCACAUAUGCGCAAUCGUUCAAUUUAGAUAUAUUAGACAAAAUAAAUUCACUCGUAUAGCCUCCAUACAUAUAAUAUGUCUUUUGGACUUUACGUGAUGAUGGCAAUACUUAUGCGUUGUUCCCUUUUUGAAGGAGUUUUUUCUUUUGUAGAACCUACUUUAUAGGGUGAAAAUCCAU